AUGAAGUGCUCUUGGAUGUUUGCAGUGUGUGUGCUCUGGCUGAGCGGGCACCGCUGUGCGCCCACCAGGCAGGAGGAGGCAACUCUGCAGGAGAACCUCAAGCUAUUAUCUGAAGUUGGAGAGAAGUAUGUAGAUGAAGAGGUAAAGAAAGCUUUGAUUGGUAUCAAGCAGAUGAAAAUUAUGAUGGAAAAAAAUGAAGAUAAGCAUGUAGAUCUGAUGAAGACCUUCAAGAAGAGCAGUGAAGAAAAACAGCAAGCCCUGCGACUGAUGGAUGAAGUAAAGGAAAGACUGGAAGAAGAAGAAAGACAAUGUCAAGUAUCCUUGAAAAAUCUAUGGGAUGAAUGCGAAUCUUGUUUAGAAAGUACCUGCAUGAGAUAUUACACAACCUGCAAACAUGGGCUGUCAUCCUUUACAAGGAAGGUUGAAGAUUUUUUGAGGAAAAUACCUCCACUCAUCUUUACUGUUCCUGAGGAUCAAGGAAAAGACAUCCAGUUGCAUGAAAAGCCUGAGAAAGAGGAUACCCAGCUAGUGAAAAUGGAAGGUGUAUUUAGCCAAAUGUUACUGGACAUGGGCUCAAUAUUUGACAGAAGUUUCAUUUUCUUCAAGCAGAUGCAAAAAGAAUUUGACCAAUCUUUUCAGACAUAUUUUAUGUCUGACCUGGACUUGAAUGAGUCUGUCAGCAUGCCAGCUUUACCUGAGCACCUCAGCAGAAACGAAGGCGCACAGAAAGGCUGGGGGAUCCCUGGCUUCUUCCAGACUGUCUUUGACUUCAGUAAGAUGGUGUUUGAAGGGGUCAGUGAGGCCAUCACCGAGGUGUUUGAUGAGUACAGAGAGAACGUAAGAGAUGUGCCAGAACAAGCCAAAGAUGCUGACAGGAGGGGCAUGUUCUCCAAACUCACAUCAGGGCGCAAGAGACCUCUGUGCAGGGAGCUUCGGGAGAGCUCCCCUGGGUGCCCACAGUUCCAUGAGAGAUGUCAGACAUGCCAAGACAACCUUCUGCAUGACUGCCCAAACGUUCCUGAGCUGCACAUCAAGUUUGAUGAAGCCUUUAAGCUGGUCAAUGUCUCGGGGGAGCAGUAUGAGCAGAUCCUCCAGGUGGUUCAGCGUCACACAGAAGACACUUCCUACUUGUUGAACAAAAUGAAGGAAAGGUUUGGGUGGGUGUCUGAGUUAUCCAACACGACCAUUGGACCAGAAAACAUUUUCAAUGUAGUUAAGGUGGUACCUGGGGAUCCCUCCAGCAAAAAUGAAACUGUGGUAGACGUGAAUGUUCUGACUUCACCUACUUUCACCAUUAAAGUUCCUCCCAACUUAGACCCAAAGAGUGCUGAAUUCAUUGAGUACAUAGCUGGAAGAGCACUACAACUAUAUAAGCAGAAUUUUUAA